AUGCCCUCUUCCACCGACAACGUUCCCCAGCCGCAACAAUCCAUGGAGAUGGUGACCCCACAGGACGCCAUCAUCUCCCAGCAGCCUACAACUGAGCCACAGCCCGAGAUGACGACCGAAGGAACAUUGCGCGGCGGCUUCGUCGAGGAGUGCAGCUGCUGCUGCUGUUCAGAGGAGUGCGCUUGCUGCUAG